AUGUUUUUUACUGAUUACAUUGGUACCCUUUCGUUUGACUUUGUUUUAUUGACCAACUUAUCUAAUCUCUCUCCCUCUCUCUCUCUCUCUCUCUCUAUCUAUCUAUCUAUCUAUUUAUCUAUCUAUCUCUUUAUCUAUCUAUCUAUCUUAAUCGGCAUCAGCACUUGUCGUGGUGCCAAGCCAAAAUCCGGAAGACGUAGUCGUGAUAUUGCCAAUGUUGGCACCGCGCCGGGCUUGCAUCCGAAGGUGGUGGAGGCGAGUAGUGAUGAAGUUGUCCCAACCCGUCCAGAUUCAUCAGUUCGAAUCUAUCUAUCUAUCUAUCUAUCUAUCUAUCUAUCUAUCUACAGGUCGGCAAAAUCAGAAAGACACGACGCGCAUGUACAAGAUUUGAAAUAUAAAAUGGCGAUAAUUUACACAUCUAUCUAUCUAUCUAUCUAUCUAUCUAAUCUUUUCAAUCUGAAAGUGUCUGAGUGA